AUGGCCUAUGCCCCCAGGAAUCAGAAGAAAAACCACUCCAGCAAGCUGCAAGAGCUGGCAUUGCUGCUACCUGUGGCCCCGAAGACUGGCACCAAGAAGCUCACUAAGAAGGAGAUUCUGCUUCACGUCCUGCACUACAUUCAGUACCUCCAAAGAAGCAUCGAUGUGGCCAAGGCCUUGCUCAAAUUCCACACCAGCGAUGGGGAAGGUGGACUUGGGGGGCUGGGUCGGAACCCAGCUGUGGGCCCAGCCAGGCGGAAACACUCAACCCCCUCCAGCUCCCCGUGCUCUCGGAAGUCUCGUCUUUGGGGGGCCUGCCGGAAACCUCGGAAGAAGCUGACUCGAGCACCAGAACGUCAGACCCGGGACCAGAAACCUCGCCGUUCCCUGGCCCUAGACAAACCUGAGAAGACGGUGACCACGUCCCCAGACCAGAAAGAAGGAAACGUGGGGGGGAUCACCACCCCUCCAAGAUGCCCAGACCCCUGGUGUGACCUCAAAGCUGCAUUUGCCUCAUUUCAAGGCGAUGGAGAAGGAGGAAGAUCCCAGCUGACGUUGCUGGAUAUAGCCGAAAACAUCGUCCUUGGUGACAUCGCAAGCUGCUGUUGUGCAAACAGUGCCCAGGAUGGAGAGCCUGACCCUGCUUUGGAGGCCCAGAGAGGGGCUGAAGGGAUCCAUUUCCUAAGCAGGAUACACCCCUAUUCCAGGCAGAAGCUGGUCUUCUGUGAUUCCAGUGAGGAGGUGGACAAGGAAGUCCCAGAUGCUGACCCGUGGCUUCCUGCCUGGACCCCAGAGGGCAGCCCUCAUGGGAGCCCAGUGGCCUUGGGGCCUCCCCAAAUCAAUAAUUGGAGUGUGACAGGCCACCCAAGUGAGAUCCUAGGACUAAGUCCUUCCCUCUUCAGCUCCCCUGGAAAAUUGCUGCCAGAACAGAUCUUGGAGGAUGGCAAUGAGUACCUGACCCAAGCUGGCCUCUUUGAAGAAGUGCUCUUAGAGCCUGAGUCUCGACCUUCUGCCUGUACCCUUGAGGCACCCCAAAAGAAGAGCGUACCUCUAGAGGCACCUGAAGCGCCCCCUGACUCCCACAGCCUGUGCCAGUCCUCGGUCUCACUGGACCACUGCUACCUCUCUUUGAGUGAGGCCAGCAAGGUGCAGUCCAGCCCCAGCACUGAGGAGAGCGACUUGGAGUCCCUGUGGGGGCAGGAAGAGGACAUGCAGGUCGACCCUGAGGGCUUGCAGUCCUCUAGUGAUGAGGAUGACGACUAUACAUGGACCCCCACCCGGAGGGCCUCAAUCCUGCCCACAGGUGGGAGAAAGACCAGGAAGGGCCGGACCAGCAAGGGCCCUUCGAAGCCCAAGGAGAGCAAGAAAGCCCCAUGUCCUACCCAGAUGAAGAAAAAGUGUGUGAACGGCUUCAUCAUGUUCUGCAGGAUGAACCGGAAGCAGUACAUUAGAGCCUGCCCUGGGACUGCAUCCACAGCGGCCACCAAGGAACUGGCCCAGCUGUGGCGGGUGAUGACCCUGCAGGAGCGGAGACCAUACUGCAUCAAGGCCCGCAGGUUCAGCCGCCAGCAUAACCGCAUUGUGAAGCAGGAGAACUCCAGCAGUGAGGACGAGGACUGGGAGACCCCCAAGCCUUUCUACCAGCUGCUGGCGGAGAAGGCACACAGCAACCCAGACCUGCCCCCCCUGCCGCCUCUUCACCCCCAGUGAGAGGGCUGUCCACCUAGGCGAGCUCCCUCACCCCAGCUUCUGCAGCACUCCUCGGAAACCAGGAGCCGGUGGUGAAGAGGCGUCUGUUCCCUUCUGGGCUUCAGCCCCUGCCACUGUGGGUCCCUGGGCCAGCUCCCGUGGGACUGGGGAAGAGGUGUAUUUAUUGACCCCUGAGACACUGAGCCCCCUUUCCACCCCAUGGUUAUUAGAGGAGCCUUAGGGUGGAAAGAAACCCUAGAUGAAAUGCAGGCAGGUGAUGCUGGAGAACAGGGACUCCGCUCUGCCCAUCCUGUCCCCAGAAUCAAAUGGUUUCAACCUGUUCAUGCUCAACUCGCCCCUCCCUGCCCCGUUCUAUUUAUAGACUAUUUAUUGUUUUAAACCAAAUAAAAGCAAGUGGAAUCCUUGUUGCCAGCAAAGGAAACAGGGUAGGCCUUCUGGUGUCUCCCUGCUUCUUUGGCCCUGGGUGGUCCUCCCACCCAGCUCUGGAGGCCUGCCAUGUCAGGGUCUACAGUUUGAAAGUCACCUCGCUGCCCACACCUUCCUCAGCCCAUGAGC